AAAUUUCACAGAUUUACGCGUUUAACGAGAUUGACUUACGAAAAAAAGAAAGAAAAAUAAACUUCCUUUUUAUAUUAUUCUUUCAAAACCUUUUUUUUUCUUUUAAUAAGAAAGAAUACUUUCAAAGAAUAGUGUUGAAAAACGCUUUCUUUCCAGGCUUGCUCGUUUUCUGAAAGCAAAAGAUCCUCUAUAAAAGGAAAUUUGAAACUGCUUGAAAAAAAUAAAGGGCACAAGAAAAGUACAUCAAAGUUCCUCAACUUAAACGUUGCAGAUGGAAGAAAGAAGAGCUACUGAACACGAGAUUGUCGCUGGAGCUAUAGGUUGUCUACCAACCAAAGUAGUUAGAGAUCUGCAUACUGCAAUUAUUGUUCGAUUAUACAAAUUUAUUGAAGAUGCAGAAAAUGAACUAAGCGACCUUCAUCCAGAUAAAAUACGUGAUAUCCAUACGGCUUUAGCACGUUAUGAAAGUGAACUAGAGCGCGCAUAUAAGCGCAAGACGGACGUUUAUCAAAAGUACCUUUCGCAACAAGCUUGGCAUUUACCUCCAGAUUUAGAUAUUGUUCCUGAAUAUCUCAAGGAUAUUGACAUUGCAAAAACAGACGAAGAUAUAAAAAAGUUAGAUGUAGAAAUUGAAAGGAUGGAAAAGAAAAUUCGAGCACAAAGGAAGUUUAAUCGAAUUUAUCAAAAGACGUUGUUAUACUAUGAACUCAAAAAUCUCAAAACAGAUAUUGAAAUUUGUAUAACGAAAAUAUCUGAACACAUGGCAGAAGCCUUGGGCACGGGCCAGAACUUAUCAGAUGAUCUUGAAAUAAUGAAGGAUGUUAUGCAGCAAAUUCAACAAUUGGCUCAUCAAUCACCUUGGACCAGGAGCAUUCUCCUAGGCGAAAAAGAAGAGAUGGAAUUAGAUAAUGAUGAAAAUGUUACCAGCUUUACUGCCAGAUAUCCUAGCCAAAGGAUUGCAGCUUUCAUUAAUGAAUAUGUUUCAACUUUUCCAAAGCAACAAGUGCUGGAUGAACAACCGCAGCGAGCAAAAGACCCGCAGGAAAAAGGGGAAUCUUAUGGAAAUGAAGAAUAAUUUCUUUCUGGCUUCUUAAGUUACUCUUGAACUUAAGGAUCCUGAAACGAGAGAUGAGUUUCCGGUAGAUCCAUUGAAGAAAUGGUUAAUGGAGUUUAUUUUUGAAGCUCUAGAUAUAUUGAUAACCAA